AUGGCGUUUUUCCAUGAACCUUCUGAUAACUUAAGGGAGAUUCUCCAAAAUGUGGCUAAAUUGCAAGGAGUAUCAAAUAUGAGAAAGCUAGGCCAUCUGAAUAACUUUACUAAGCUUCUUUGUGAUAUUGGCCACAGUGAAGAAAAAUUGGGUUUUAACUAUGAGGAUAUCAUAAUUUGUUUGCGGUUAGCUUUAUUAAAUGAAGCUAAAGAAGUACGAGCAGCAGGGCUGCGAGCUCUUCGGUAUCUCAUCCAAGACUCCAAUAUUCUGCAGAAGGUGCUCAAAUUGAAAGUGGACUAUUUAAUAGCUAGGUGUAUUGACAUACAGCAGAGCAACGAGGUAGAGAGAACACAAGCACUUCGAUUAGUCAGAAAGAUGAUUACUGUGAAUGCUUCCUUGUUUCCUAGCUCUGUGGCUAACUCAUUAAUAGCAGUUGGAAACGAUGGACUUCAAGAAAGAGACAGGAUGGUUCGGGCAUGCAUUGCCAUAAUCUGUGAACUAGAAAUAUCAAUUAUCCAAUUAGAUUGA